CAUGUUUAUUAGCUAAUUAUCCACAGGCAUGAGCACAUUCUCUCAUCUAGAACAAUCUUUUUUGGGCUCUCAAUUAAGAAAAUCCUUGAUCAUCUGCCUUCAGAAAAUUCAUUGAUUGUCCAAGUCUGAGAAAAAUUUGGUGCCAGAAUUUGAUUUGAACUAAUGAAGAAAACGUUCUCUACUGGUCCUUAAUCUUGGAGUGGUGAAUCCCUGCAUCUAGCAGGCUUUCUGGGGAAAAAAAAUCCAUGGGUGACAGAAGAUUUAUUGACUUUCAGUUCCAAGAUUUAAAUUCAAGUCUCAGACCCAGGUUGGGCAAUGCAACUGCCAAUAAUACUUGCAUUGUUGAUGAUUCCUUCAAGUAUAAUCUGAAUGGUGCUGUCUAUAGUGUUGUGUUCAUCCUGGGUCUAAUAACCAACAGUGCCUCUCUGUUUGUCUUCUGCUUCCGCAUGAAAAUGAGAAGUGAGACUGCUAUUUUCAUCACCAAUCUGGCCCUCUCUGAUUUGCUUUUUGUCUGUACCCUACCUUUCAAAAUUUUUUACAACUUUAAUCGCCACUGGCCUUUUGGUGACACCCUCUGUAAGAUCUCAGGGACCGCAUUCCUCACCAACAUCUAUGGGAGCAUGCUCUUCCUCACCUGUAUUAGUGUGGAUCGUUUCCUAGCCAUUGUCUAUCCCUUCCGAUCUCGUACCAUUAGGACCAGGAGGAAUUCUGCCAUUGUGUGUGCUGGAGUCUGGAUCCUAGUGCUCAGUGGUGGUAUUUCAGCCUCUUUGUUCUCCACCACUAAUGUCAACAAUGCGACUACCACCUGCUUUGAGGGCUUCUCCAAACGUGUUUGGAAGACAUACCUGUCCAAGAUCACCAUAUUCAUUGAAGUUGUUGGGUUCAUCAUUCCUCUGAUAUUGAAUGUUUCUUGCUCUUCUGUGGUGCUGAGAACCCUCCGCAAGCCUGCAACAUUGUCUCAAAUCGGGACCAACAAGAAAAAAGUGUUGAAGAUGAUCACAGUACAUAUGGCAGUUUUUGUGGUAUGCUUUGUACCAUACAACUCUGUUCUCUUUUUAUAUGCCUUGGUACGCUCCCAAGCCAUUACUAAUUGCUUAUUGGAAAGGUUUGCAAAGAUAAUGUACCCAAUUACCUUGUGCCUUGCAACUCUGAAUUGUUGCUUUGAUCCUUUUAUCUAUUACUUCACCCUUGAAUCCUUUCAGAAAUCCUUCUAUAUCAAUACACAUAUAAGGAUGGAGUCCCUGUUUAAGACUGAGACACCUCUGACCCCAAAGCCUUCCCUUCCAGCUAUUCAAGAAGAAGUUAGUGAUCAAACAACAAAUAAUGGUGGUGAAUUGAUGCUGGAAUCCACUUUCUAGGUAUGAGAAUUGUCUUUAAGGUUCAGCUAUGGUGUCUCCUAUGAUUUUUCCUAUGCUAUAAAUAAGAGGAAAAAAUUGAAGCUAAUGAUGCUGAAAAUAGAUUAAUGUACCAAAUACAGUCAGAUACAUUUGUUUGAACACUUGUUGUACAUAUUCUGUUUUGUUCAGUAAUUAUAGGUCAAGUCUAAUUACAGCAACUAAAACAGAUCAUCAGAUUCUUUUGUUGUGUUGAAAUUUCAUUAUAUAAAUGACCAGUGAUUGUUUUUUUACUUUUAAUUAUGUGGGGGUUACUUUAAAACUUAAAAAAAGAGACAUUCCAAUGAUUUUGGUAAUUGGGUUGGGCCUAUAAAUAUAGAACAAAUUCAGGGAUUAUUUAAAAAUGUUUGUGUUACUACUGAUAUAUACUGGUAUUU